AUGUACAUGAUAGCAGCAACAGCCUCCUUGAACUCAAUCGACUACGGCUUCGACAUCGGGGUCAGUUCAGGGGUCGCCCUCUACUUGCGCGAGGGCUUCGAUCUGAGGGACGUGCAGGUGGGAUGGUUCUUCUCCAUCGUGCCGAUCACUGCGGGGUUGGGAGCCAUGGUCGCCCAUUGGCUUUCAGACCGCUUCGGUCGCAGGGGCAACUUCUUGGCCACACAGUUUGUGGGAAUCGCAGGCGUGACCCUUUGCGCUCUCUCAGUCUCCUAUGAGAUGAUCUUAGUUGGUCGCUGCCUUGUGGGCAUUAGCAUGGGGAUCGGCAUGUCCAUUGAUCCGAUGUACAUCUCGGAGACGGCGCCUGCGGAGCACCGCGGCAAGUUGACGACCUGGGCGGAGAUCUCCACAAACAUGGGCAUCGUGCUGGGGUUCUUCGUCAACUGGCUCUUCGAGGAUCUGCCAGAGAACGUCAACUGGCGAGUGAUGCUCCUCUGUGGCGUCCUCCUUCCGUCUUUGCUCAUCAUCCUCACACUGACUUUCAUGCCAGAGUCGCCGCGCUGGCUGAUCACAAAGGGCAGGACCGAGGAGGCCAAGAGUGUCUUGACGAGGACGCACCCGCCGGGAACGGACAUCGAUGCAGUCGUGCAUGCCAUCGAUGAAGACAUCAAGCAAGCAGAGCUUUACGAAGCAACCACUUGGAAGAGUGUCGUGUGUGCUGCCAAGCAAUACCGCCACACCGUCUGGCUGGCCUUCUUCAUAGCCGUUGCUCAGCAGAUCAACGGUGUAGAAGGUGUGCUUUUCUACGCGCCCACUCUCUACGAACGAGCCGGUGUUGCGGAGACCAAGCAGGACCAGUUCACACUGACGGUUACCAUGGGCUUGGUGAAGGUGCUGUUCAUCGGAGUGUCCAUGGCUGCCCUGGAUUCGGUGGGCAGGCGGCCCUUGCUCAUCUUUGGCAGCCUUGGAACAGCACUGAGCCUUGUAAUGGUAAGCCUCGGCUCCUACCGCGAGCUGGACGUCGGCAUCCUUGCUGUGGUGGGAACCUUUGCAUAUGUUGCUUUCUUCUCUAUUGGGUUUGGGCCUGUGUGCUGGCUCUACGCCUCGGAGCUCUUUCCAUCAACACUCCGCAGUAAAGGCAUGAGCCUUUGCGUCCUGCUGAACCGAGCAGGCGCAUCAAUCGUAAACCUCUGCUUCCUUCCCUUGUCCGACCUCUUAGGUGGGCAGGCCGCCCUCUUCGGCGUCUUUACUGCCAUCACAGCCAUGAUCACAGUGGUUGCGGCAUUCGCGGCCAUCGAAACAAAAGGAAAAACUCUGGAGGAGAUUUCGGCUCCCAAGGGCGUUCUGUGA